CUCAUCUUUGGCUGGAUAUACCGACUUUUUGGAAAAGUUCCAAAGCAAAUAGAGUAGGUAAGUAGGUACCGACUGUUUGGGAAAUUGCAUUUUGCAAAGCGCUUUCGAUCGGUGUACUGUUUUGGGAACGAAAAUUUUCAAUUUUCAAAGAAUGAAUACCUAGGUACAUUAAAAGCAGUUAACGUGUAAUUGGGAAUGGUUGAUUAGUAACUCGACCUCCAAAUUUGAUACAUUUCACACGUCAUGUCAGACUACCAGGGUGGAAUAAGAACAGUACCAGAAAGACGGCUUUCUUAGCCAUUAAUCCCUUCCUCUUUCUAUAUAAGUUCGUGAAAGGGCCUUCCGAUUUCUAUGUAAUCAAGCUGUUGUUUCACAAAGUUGCCAGGUCAGAAGCUACUCUGAAGUAUAGUUCAUCAAUAAGGAAUUGAGAAUACCCAAAUCAAUUCUUUCCCUCAUCAAAAGCCACUUUGAAGAUCAAUCCUUCAGUUAAGAAUUGAAAUAGCCCAUAUAAAUUCUUUACCUGAGAAGAAGCCACUCUCCUGAAAAUUGAGAAUACCCACAAUAGUUCCUUACCUUAAUCUGUUCAAUUAUAUUGUGUGGCUGUGAAAAAAUGACUAUUGGUAUCCCUUCGCCCCAGAAAGGAAAGGAGAGGAAGGGUUUGAAAACAGAGAGGAGUCCCCUGCUGCCCAAGAAGAGCCAAGAUGUGGAGGGGGUGCAUGAUGGAUUCAAUGGCGCAUCAUUCUCUGGGGCAGUGUUUAAUCUGUCAACCACUGUGGUGGGGGCAGGGAUAAUGGCGCUCCCUGCCACUCUCAAGGUAUUGGGGUUGGUGUUGGGGAUAUGCCUCAUCGUGCUUGUGGGCUUGUUGACCGAUGCAUCCAUCGACUUUCUGCUAAGGUUCAGCAAGGCUAGUAGGGCGGCUUCUUAUGGUGGUAUCAUGGGAGACACCUUUGGGAGAACGGGGAGGAUGCUGUUGCAGAUGUGUAUUACUGUUAACAACUUUGGGAUUCUUAUCGUUUACAUUAUCAUUAUAGGUGAUGUGAUUUCUGGAACAUCAUCAAAUGGUGUGCACCACGCUGGUCUAUUUGAAGAAUGGUUUGGAGUUCAUUGGUGGAGUGGUCGUACAGCUGUGAUACUUCUAACUAUGGUUUUUAUUUUGUGCCCGCUGGUGUCUAUGAAGAGAGUUGAUUCUUUAAAGUUCACUUCUGCAUUGGCAGUAGCAUUGGCUGUUGUGUUUGUUGUGAUCACUGCUGGUAUUGCAAUUGUGAAAUUGUUCUUUAUUGGUGGCAUCCACAUGCCAAGAUUAUUACCAGAUGUUACUGAUAAUGCUUCAUUCUUGAAGCUUUUCACAGUGGUCCCAGUCAUUGUGACUGCUUAUGUCUGCCAUUACAAUGUUCAUCCAAUAAACAAUGAACUUGAUGAGCCUUCAGAUAUGCAAGCCAUUGUUCACACAUCAUUGGCAUUGUGUACAGUUGUAUACAUAACCACAAGUUUUUUUGGAUAUCUUCUUUUUGGAGGUCAGACUAUGGAUGAUGUACUAGCCAAUUUCGAUGUUGAUUUGGGAGUUCCAUACAGUACAGUAUUGAGUAACAUUGUUCGGAUAAGCUAUAUUUUACAUCUGAUGCUGGUCUUUCCACUCAUUUUCUUUCCGUUGCGCCUUAAUCUUGACGGACUUUUAUUUCCAAGUGGACAGUCCCUCAUUCUGGAUAACAAGAGAUUCAUCUUGAUUACGACUGGAUUAAUGGGGUUUGUUUUCUUGGGGGCAGCAUUCAUUCCUAACAUCUGGAUCGCAUUUCAGUUCACAGGGUCAACAACAGCAGUCAUUCUUGGCUUCAUCUUCCCAGCUGCCAUUGUUCUCAGAGACACUUUUGGGAUUUCAACAAAAAAGGAAAGGUACCUUGCAUUCUUUAUGAUAAUACUGGCAGUAGUUUCAAGUUCGAUUGCUAUAUCAGGCGAUAUUUAUGCUAUGGUCAAUAAAAGUGACGGAGGUUCUCCACGGUCUUAAGAUUGCUAAUUUCUACCGUUUUGAAAUGUAUUAGAGAGAAAAGCUGAUCUAGGGAAUGUCUUUUACAAAGGGAAUAUCAUUGUAGACCAUCUGUGUUCCAUCAUGGUUCUCAUUUCUCAACAAUAUUAUUGUAUUACAUUCCAUCUGUAUAUAUUGAAAAGUUCACAGUUGGUCCUGGUACCAAUGUUUCCCAAAUCUUCUUUGAAUGCAAUGGUAACUAACUUUUUUUAGAGUAAA